AUGUCGGAAACUGCAGCCCUGGAGGCUGAGGUCAAGGAGUUCAAGCUUCAGCUUGAAACCGUCCAAUCGAGUUUGCAGGUAGACCCAGACAACACAGAAUUGCAAAGUCUCAAAACUGAGCUGGAAGAACUUAUAAACCUUACCGAAACAUCCAUCGCCGAACUGAAACCGCCAGCGCCACCAGCAGUACCGCAACCAGCCGCGGCGAAGGAUAAAGGAGCGAAGGACAGUUAUAGCACACAGAGUAACUAUCGCAAACCGACCGCUGAGCAGCCCGAUGAACCGGCACCAUCCUACCAGUCGUCCUUCUCCGUCAACGAAAACGUUCUUGCGCGCUGGGUAUCGGGCGAUAACUCGUUCUAUCCCGCGCGCAUCACCUCCAUCACCGGCUCCUCGAGCAACCCCGUCUACCUCGUUUCGUUCAAGUCAUACGGGACGGUGGAAUCUCUGACUUCCAAGGACAUUCGGCCAAUCUCCAGCAAUGACUCGCGUAAGCGCAAGGCUGAUGCAGGCUCAGGCAAUUCUUCUUCCCAAUCACCGGCACCCCAGCCAUCCCACUCGAGCGUGAUCUCUGCGGCGGCGGACAUCAACCCUGCGUUGGCCAACCAGGCGCGUCAAGAGCCGACCAAGGUGAGCGAGGGAUCCGCACGGCCUGCCAAGGCCGCCCGCAAGGUGAAGGCCAACAAGGAGCUGGAGGCGGGCAAGAUGAAGUGGAAGGAUUUUGCCAGCAAAGGGAAACUCGGACGCAAGAAGGAGAGCAUGUUCCGAACAGGAGACGGAUUGACUGCUCGAGUGGGUUUUACGGGGUCCGGCCAACAGAUGCGCAAAGAUCCGACGCGAUCGCGACACGUCUACCAGCAAGGCGAGGAAGAAGGAUACUAG